UAAGUUACAUUAACCUCAAAAUAACAAAUUGUAACAAACGUGACUGUAACCGGUAAAUGAUCAUAUGCAAGUAGAACAAGUUUUCUCCAAACAUACAAGAAUUUAGAAACCAGAAAGAUAUUGUUUGAAUAACUUAGAAACAAUACUAUCCGAUUUUACAUAUUGAAUAUUGAGGAUUAACGUGUACUACUUUAAUAAACUUUGCAAGUACCUACUCACUAAGCAGUGGUUUCUAAACUACAGUACUGAAUUAAAUAUUAUCAAAAAUGACCCUGAAAAGCUUUCCUCGAGGUGGAAAGAAACCUCUGGACAAGAAAUCAUCAGAUUCGUAUUGUUUCAGCAGUUGUUUAAAAACCCUGAGAGGCACAAUAAGAAGAAACAAAGGUCAGGAAAAAAGCGAUAAAGAAGAGGAAAAUUUUGUAGCUACCACUGCAGAACGAUUAUCAUACCUAACAAUAUCCGAAGGAUUGGUAGUUUUAGGAUGUGUUUUUGAAGCAACAGAAUAUGAUUUGAUAAUAUCCUUGCCAGGUGGUUUAAUAGGUCGUGCUCAAGUUGGUGAUAUCAGUGAAUCUUACACAAAUUUACUGCAAAAUUUAAUUAACACAGAAGACGCGCAACAGAAUGAAUUCAGGUCGUUGCCUGAAUUAUAUUCAUGCGGGGAUUAUGUUGUGUGUUAUGUGAAAAAUAUACAACCUCAAGAAAAGUGGCAGAUCGCCUUGUCCCUUGAUCCUAGGCUGAUAAAUCAAAAUGUGGACGUCGCUUAUUUGGAGGAUGGCUCAAGAAUGUUAUGUACUAUCAGUAGCAUAGAAGAUCAUGGAUACGUUGUAGAUACAGGCAUAAAUAACGUAAGAGCAUUUAUACCUGUGCCAAAAAAUAAUGAUAAAUCCUUGUAUCCAGGAAAACAGCUGUUAUGCACCAUAGAAGAAAUUGAAACCAAUGAAAAUACUUCAACAAUUAAAUUAUCCACAAAACAGAAACAUGCUAUGGUUCCAAAUGACACUGAAAUCAAAUCUCUGGACAGUUUGAUGCCAGGCACAAAAUUUGAACUCUCUGUAAAAAAGGUAUUAUCCAAUGGACUGUACGUUUCAUUUGGUAGUAACCACAUAGGGUACAUCAAUCAACUGUAUUUAAAUGAGCCUUUAUCUAAAUACAUAGCAGGAAUGGAAAUUACUGGCACAAUGUUGUACAUUUUACCAACUGUAAAAUUUGGAUAUUUCAGUUUAUUGAUAAAGAAACGUAGAAACGUAGAUGCUAUUCAACCUGGGCAUGUCAUAGACGAUGCAACUACUUUAUUCAGAGAAUCAGGUGGAAUUGCAUUGCAGUUAACCAAGAAUGGAACAAAGGGAUUUGUUCCUCUGAAAAGAACAGAGGUGAACUACGAUCAGAUCAUUGAAAAAUUUGUACCUGGUACUAAACACAAAUGCAGAGUGUUAUCGUACAGUUGGAUGGAUGCUAUGUACAUUUGUACAAUGGAACAUUCGUUAUUAGAACAGAAAUACUUUUCAGUAUCUGACUUCAAGCCAGGUGAUGUUGUGAAUGUAAGAAUCACAAGUAUCAAUGCAGAGUCUGGCUUCGUUAACGUACAAGUUGGUAAGAUUAAUGGACAAGUAGCACCGGAACAAGUGUCGGACGAAGGUGCAAGUGCCUUAAAGAAAUUAAAAACAGACAAAGAAGUGGAAGCAAGAGUCUUGGACAUCGAUACUGCACGAAGGAAGGUGCAUUUUACUUUUAAAAAGUCCUUAUUAAACAGCAAUUUGCCUGUUUUAAGUGACAUAAAAGAUGCAAAACGUGGAUCAAGGUACCAUGGGACUGUCGUUCAAAUAAGUAAAGGUGGAUUGCUGGUGAAAUUUUUUGGCAAUGUCAAAGGCUGGGUGCCUCGAACUGCAUUGAAUACCGACACGUCUGAAGAGAAUUGGAAUUAUUCUAUUGGACAAACAAUUUUAGUGCUGAUAGAUUCGGUGAACGAAAAUUUGGGAAAGAUAAUCCUGUCUGUACCUACCAAAGAGAAGAAAAAGAAAGAAAACGUAUUUACCAUAGGUGAACGCGUAGAAGGAACAAUUAUUGAAUCAUCUACUCAGGGAGUAUAUUUGAGAAUCAGUAAAAAUGAUGGACAGGAUGUUAGUACUGGAUUUUUACCAGCAGGGCACAUGUCACCCUGUACGGAGACAGCAACUUUGUUGGCGUCAAAAAGCAUUCCUGGAGAUACCCUUUCCGCUCUGGUAUUUGCUACAGUGCCAAGUUUAAUUUUAACAAGAACCUUUCUGACUCAAGAAAAAUACAGGAGCUUCGAGCAAUUGAAAAUAGGAGAUUGUAUACCAUGCUCUGUUAAAGAUAUAGAACCGAAUGGAAUGAGAGUCAUUCUACCAGUCGCAGGGUGCACACCGUUUGGAUAUGUCUCUUACAGCAACGUCAGUAAUUUUCAUUUGCUUCAGGUGCAUCAAAUUUUGUUUGCGAAGGUCAUUUCUAUCAACAGAAAGGAGAAACAAGUAAAUCUAACGUUAUCUUUGAAAAAGUUGUUUGAUGGAUUACCGGAUCUUCACAGCAAAAUAAUGACAGCAGUGGAUACUUUGACUUUGCAUUUCAAUAAAUUAACUGAAUUGGCGAGAAAUCCAUUUUAUAGCAACAGGCCAGUUUCUUCAGUGUUAUUAGGACAGAAGGUUACUGGAAAGGUUGACAAAAUCACAGCUGAUGGUUUGGUAGUGAAAUUAGAAAACAACUUGCUGGGUAUAGUAUCAAAGAAUCAUUAUUCUGGGAAUCGAAAAGUGGGAGACACGGUUUCUGGGACGGUUAUGUGGAAGAAUUACGUCCAUGAACUCGUUGAAUUGACCAUGAUACCUGCACUGAUGAAAAGUAUAAACGAGCAACAAGAUAAGCACCGGGAGAUACCCCAAGAUAAAUUAAUAAGGGGUAAGAUUUUAAUGGUGACAAACUGGUUUGUAUUAAUAGUCUUGAAAGGUCAUGGUAAAGGAUCAUUGGCAGCGAUGCCUGUGAAACGCCACGUGAAUGAGGUGCGGCCAGAUUUGUCACCCUACAUUGUUCAUUCAAAGAUCAGGUGUUACAUUGUAUCGAAUCCCAAUGAGUCGGACGUUAUGCCUAUUUGUAUGGUGAAAUCAGCGUUCGAGGAGAAGUCUAAUAUAGAAACAAAACCAGCUGCUAAUAAAUUGAAGAGGAAAAAGAUGAAUUCAGAAAGCGAAGAGGUUCCUGCGAAGAAAGUAAAGAAAUCUGAAAAGGCUGGCCCAGAUGUUAAACCUUUGAAUAAAAGGAAAAAAGCUAAAGCAGAAGAAGAAGAAAAUUCAGAAGAAAUAGAUGAACCCUCCAAAAAUGUUAAACAAAAAAGGGAUAAGAAAUUGAAGAAAAUAAAACAAGAUAUUAAACCCCCUAUAAAUAUUAUAACUGAUGACUACGAUAAAGAUGAUGUAAAGCCAAGAAUACCUGAAUGUGGAUUCUUUUGGGAUGAUAAACCAAAUUUAGAUUUACUUACUAAGCAAUCAUCCAGCGACAGUGAGGACAGUGAGGAUGAGACAGAGAAACAACCAAAGCAGAAAAAGAAGAAACUAAGCGCUGCUGAACGCAGAGAAAAGGAGAGGCAAAAGGAGCGUGAAAUUCGUGAAAGGGAAGAGGUAUUAGCUAGUAAUCAAUUGCCAACAUCUGUAGAUCAAUUUGACAGAUUAGUUUUAGCCAGUCCGGACAGUUCAAUCAUUUGGCUGCAAUACAUGGCGUAUCAUUUACAAUCAACAGAGAUAGACAAAGCCAGAGCGGUGGCUAGAAAGGCUGUAAAAACUAUAAGCUUCAGAGAGGAGAAUGAGAGAUUAAAUGUAUGGAACGCUUGGUUGAAUUUGGAAUCAAAGUUUGGUACUCCGGAAUCCUUGAACAGCGUUUUUCAAGAGGCUGUAAGGAGCAACGAUGCGUUGAAAGUCUACAGCCACAUGUUAACCGUACAUCUUGAGGGUGGCAGGCAGUUUGAAUUAGAGAAAAUAAUUAAUACCAUGAUUGGUAAGUUUAAACAAAAUCCUCAAGUAUGGAUUGACUGUGGAGCUGCGUUGUUAAAGAUGGGUUUGAAAGAUAAAUCUAGACACAUUAUGCAACGAGCAUUGCAAUCUUUACCAGCAUCUGAGCAUGUGAAUCUAAUGGCAAGGUUUGCUACACUGGAAAAUAAACUUGGAGACAAAGAAAGAGCUCAGACUCUUUUUGAGCAAAUUCUGAGUUCAUAUCCAAAGCGUGUCGACAUAUGGUCAUGUUAUGUCGAUUCUUUAGUUAAAUCUAACGAUAUCGAUAUAGCCAGGAAAAUUCUGGAGCGAGCGGUUGUUCAAACGUUGCCACCAAGAAAGAUGCGAUCUUUAUUCAAAAAAUUCAUCAGUUUUGAGGAACAGCACGGUACUCAAGAAGAUAUAUCACGAGUUCAAAAAAUGGCUGCUGAAUACGUUGAGAAACAAUGCAACCAAGACGAUUAAUCCAGAUUAAAAACAAAACGUUUCAUACAUGUUUUCCAUGAAACUAUUGUUCAUAUAGUUGUAUAAAAAUUAACAGAUUUUUAAUUUUA